AUGGGAUAAAUCUGUAAAACUUGUGAAAAAAAGGAUAUUGAUAAAACUGAAUUAAUGGUUGAAUAAUCUCCAAAACAUUAAGAAAUAAAAUUUAUAGAAGACUUUGAUUAUAUAAGUGGUUUAGAUAAAGUAGAAUCGUUAAAGAAAAUGAGUUUACUCUCAUUUUAACAUAAAAAUAACAAUAGUAAUUAUCCUUAUGGGGACUCAAUAUAUUAAGGAUCUCUUUUUAGUGUAGUAACUCCAGAUUUUAGUGCUUUUUCUUCAAAUUUAGUUUAGUGA